AUGCUCGUCUCCUUGACCGUCGGCAAGGUCGAUGCCGGCGUCACUGUUCUCCUUACUCCAGACAAACGGCUGAUCGAGUUCCCAUCUAUUCUCCUUCCUCCCGACAUCUCCUCCGGCAGCAUAGUCGACAUCACUGUAUCGCGCAACGCUGGUGCCGAAUCCGCCGCCGAGUCCGCCUUCCAAGAGCUUCAGGACCAGAUCUACCAGGCCUUUGGUGCAGAAGAACCCUCGCCGCCCGUCCUCCGCUGCCAAAAUGCCACUCAGACCAGUGUCGUGCUCAUGUGGGAUCCGGUGCAGCUUGCGACAGCUGACCUGAUCUCGCUGGCGCUCUAUCGAAAUGGCCAGAAGGCCGGCAACAUCCCACGGCCGCUGCAUAUGCACAGCACCAAGAUCUCUGGUCUAGCGGUCGACACCGAAUACACAUUCCACCUGGUACUGCGCACCACCGCCGGCACCUACAGCUCUGAGCGCGUCGUCGUGCGGACACACAAGAUGACGGAUCUGAGCGGCAUCACUAUCACAACUGGCAUCCUGCCCGCUUCAAUGCGGGAGUCACUGGCGAGCGCUGUCGAGCGCAUUGGUGCGAAGAUGGUCGACAGUGUACGCAUCGACACGACACAUUUCGUUACGACAGAGGGCCGCGGCAUCCAGUGGGAGAAGGCGGUCGAGAUGAACAUUCCUGUGGUGCGGCCGGAGUGGGUUGAGGCGUGCGAGACGAAUGGGCGGAUCCUAGGCGUCACGAAGUUCUAUUUGGACGCUGUACGGCCUGGACCGAAUGAUGACAGGCCUGCGAUGGUGAACCCUCCACAGCCUCAGGCACAAAAGGAUCUGCCUCCACCUCCGGCGGAGAACGGCGAGGCCAGUGAGCAACAAGAGGCGAAGACACCACCAGCUGAAGACGCUGCACAGAAGAAGGAGGAGGCUGUGGAGGGGGACGACGAUUCAGAGGAGGAGAGUGACGAAGAGCAGGAGGAGAAGACGCAGUCUGCCUCUCAAGGCGAGCAAAAGAUGCGGGUUGAGGAUAGAGAAGAGCAGAAAGUUGCGCUGCGACCCGGCCUGAGUCCCUCGAAAUCGGCGACGGUCGAAGAUGAAGAAGGCGAAGGAAGUCCCGAUCAUAAGGCUGCCGCGUCGCCCGGUGACGGGAACUCGUUCCAGGAUGUGGCACUAUAG